GCCAAUGCCGUGGACGAUGGUCAGUGGUCUCAGGGACUUAUAUCUGCAGCUCGCAUGGUUGCCGCUGCCACCAGUAACCUGUGUGAAGCCGCCAAUUCUGCGGUGCAGGGCCACGCCAGCGAGGAGAAGCUGAUCUCAUCCGCCAAGCAGGUGGCCGCGUCUACAGCUCAGCUUCUGGUGGCCUGUAAGGUGAAGGCCGACCACGACUCGGAGGCCAUGAAGAGGCUGCAGGUUGCCGGGAACGCUGUGAAGAGAGCGUCAGACAACUUGGUGAAGGCGGCGCAGAAGGCGGCGGCAUUCCAGGACCAUGAUGAGACGGUGGUGGUGAAGGAGAAGAUGGUGGGCGGCAUCGCUCAGAUUAUCGCGGCUCAGGAGGAGAUGUUACGGAAGGAGCGGGAGUUGGAGGAAGCGCGGAAGAAGUUGGCGAUGAUCAGACAGCAGCAGUACAAGUUCCUGCCCUCCGAGCUCCGAGAAGACGCGCAGAACUGAGCGCCACGGGGCCACCAAUACCCCUCCCCCCCCCUCUGACUACUGCGGUGUAACCGGCUUCUCCCGCUCACUAACCUUUCCUUCACACCAGCCUCAGUAGCAGAGACUUCAUUAUCCAGCGGCAUGCUGGGUGUCGGGGCCACUCCCCCUCCUUACCCACAAUCCUGUGCUGUCCCGGGGUGGAGGGCGUCCACUCACGUUGUAACGGUUCAUAUUGUACAGGCAGUGCCUUAUCGCCAUGAC